AGAGCGCCAGAGUGCCGCUGAAGCUGUUUUAUUUUACGCGCAGAUUGAGCCCGGAGUCUUAUUACUGAUUUAUUGCUGUUGUAUCAGGUUGGCUGGGAAUUUGUGUUGAACCUUUAUGCAGUCUUUCAUCAUGAAAACUUCAAAGGAAGCUGUUCAGACCGCCGCAAAGGAGUUUCUUAAUUUCGUUAAUCGUGGAGUUUCACCAUAUCAUGUGGUUGAAGAGUGCAAGUCUCGCCUUUUAAAAGCUGGCUUUACAGAGCUGAAGGAAUCCGAACACUGGGAUAUCAAACCAGCAAACCUGUACUUUGUGACUCGGAACUACUCCACCAUCAUUGCCUUUGCUGUGGGAGGCCUGUACAAACCGGGCAACGGCUUCUCCAUCAUCGGAGCCCACACGGACAGCCCCUGUCUGAGGGUAAAGCCACGCUCCAGGAAGACGAGGUCAGGCUGCCUGCAGGUAGGUGUAGAGUGCUACGGCGGAGGAAUCUGGAACACGUGGUUCGACCGGGAUUUGACUGUUGCCGGCCGUGUCAUGGUCAGGAAUGGAGAUAAGCUGGUGCAUCGUCUCGUGCAUGUCCAGCGGCCCAUCUUGAGGAUUCCCCAUCUGGCCAUUCACUUGCAGAGAGAUGUCAAUGACUCGUUUGGCCCUAACAAGGAGAACCACCUCGUGCCUUUCCUGGCCACUGCCAUUCAAGAGGAGCUAGAGACAGGUUCCUCUGCUUCUUCUUCUAUUGAUGCCUGCAGUGCAGAAUCUACAGCAGAGAAACACCAGCCAGCUCUGGUCCAGCUGCUCUGUGAUGAGCUGAAAGUCAAAUCUGAUGUGCUGCUGGAUUUUGAGCUGUGUUUGGCAGACACACAGCCAGCGGCACUUGGUGGUGUGUACGAAGAGUUUAUUUUCUCUCCUCGUCUGGACAACCUUCACAGUUGCUUUUGUGCUCUGACCGCUCUGAUAGACUCUAGUACUUCUGCCUCUCUCUCGGGAGACCCCAAUAUCCGUAUGGUCACGCUGUAUGACAAUGAAGAGGUAGGCUCGGAGAGUGCUCAGGGCGCCAUGUCAAACCUGACCGAGCUCGUUCUGCGUCGCCUGGCAACCAGCCAAGAAAAUCUGACUGCCUUUCAGGAGGCCUUGCCUAUGUCCUUCAUGAUCAGCGCUGAUAUGGCUCAUGCUCUGCACCCAAACUACCAAGAUAAGCACGAAGAGAAUCACAGACCAGCUUUCCAUAAGGGUCCAGUCAUAAAAUUUAACAGCAACCAGAGAUACGCCACCACUGCCGUAACCGCCUCCAUCUUACGAGAGAUUGCAGGGAGGAUGGCUGUGCCUCUUCAGGACGUGAUGGUGCGGAACGACAGUCCCUGUGGAACAACAAUCGGGCCCAUCCUGGCUGCUCGGCUGGGAAUUCCCGUGCUUGACAUCGGCGCUCCGCAGCUGGCCAUGCACUCCAUCAGAGAGAUGUGCUGCACCUCCGGAGUCCUCCAGACCACAACUCUAUUCAAGGGCUUCUUCGAGCACUUCCCCUCCGUGAGAAACAUGGUUGUGGUGGACUAGAGUGUGCUGCUGUGACACAGCAUACAUAGACAGAUGCAUAUCCAAAGGAGGAAAAUCAGAAUAACGAAACCAGAUUAAUGAUGUACUUUUUAAAAUUAUUAACAGUCUUAAAUUUGUUCUACUCCACAGAGGGAAAGCCCAAAGAACAUUAGACCCAUUAUUUCAUGUAUCCUAUAUUAACUCCAAACACAGAAUGGACUCGAAGGAUUUCGACACUGUUUUACUCACUAUCUGUGUAUCUGUGUGGUUGUCUAAAUAUUUGGCUGUUUUCCAUUUGAAGCAGAAUGGACAGUAAAAAAUGUCUAUUCUUUG